GUAAUUGUACGCGGUGAGGUACUGAAUGCAAGUAUUUACUAUGAAUUCACUUUGCCUGCGGUUAACAACACCAGAGGGAGGAGGUAUUCAUGGAAGUUAGGUGAUUGGACGCAAUGUACCAGCAGCUGUGGCGGCGGUGUUCAAUAUCGUGAGACCCACUGUUUUGAGGAGGGUGAAUUAACACCCGCCAACGAGCUGUGCUGGACUUUUGCACAAAACAAACGACCACCGCGCCGUGUACGAGUCUGCAACAAAUUCUCAUGUCCUGCCCACUGGUGGGCGGGGCCGUGGCAAUACUGCCCAGUUACCUGCAAAUGGUCCGAGGGUGUGUUGCCUGUGAGACGACGCUCGGUUAUGUGCCUGGACCAAAAUGAGGUUGUGGUCGCAGAUAAUCGUUGCAAUGAAACACUAAAGCCACCGGACACAGAACCCUGUAGCUAUAAUUUACCGGCCUGCAAGGUAAGCCAAAAGCUGGAUAACUUUAUUUUGCGAGUGCAAAACUUAUAGUACGCUUGAGCGACUUUUUAAAAUCCAAUGAAAGGCAACAUACAUAUUUAUGGCUUAUGUUUAUUCAUAUUGAAAAUGUAUAAUUUUAGGUUUUAAGAAUGUUGUACUUAGCAGUAAUAAAAAAACGUUGUCUACGAAUGUUUUGAACAAAAUCGAUGUUGCUAAAAUCUAUGCAUGUAUGUAUGUACAUAUGUAUUUCAGAUACAAAUUAUGGCUAACAUUUUACAAUAUGUGUGUAUGUUUAUGGUUAAGUUGGAGUGUAAUUGUAUUGUUAAACGAAGUAAUUUAUUGAAAAAUAAUAAUAAUAUUAAAAAACACAAACACAAGCUGUGCAUUCCCGUCGCCACACGCGCUGGGUGUUCUCGAAGCUAAAAUCUUGUGUUGUCGGGCAUUUUAAUGAAAUGCGCUAUUUUAUCUUUGGGCACUUUGUAGUUGUGCAUCCAGCGGCUGCCUUUGCGCAGAGACCCAUCUAUGCCAUCCUUCCAUACACCUUGCGGUAAGUAAACUGCAUAGGUAAAAAAUUAUUAAGUAAGUAUACAUAUUUACAUAUAUUUAUUACAAUAGUUUAGUUUAU